AAAUAGAAAAACUCUCUCAUUCUCCUCGUAUUUCGCGUUGGCGUUAAGCUUCUUCAUUUCCAUUUCCCGCUUUGCUGAACAGAGGGUUGAAGAACUGAGAAGGAGUGAGUAAGUAGUAGUGGAAGAAGAUGGGGUUGACGUUCACAAAGCUGUUUAGCCGGCUUUUCGCCAAGAAAGAAAUGAGAAUUCUGAUGGUAGGUCUUGAUGCCGCUGGUAAGACUACCAUUCUUUACAAACUCAAGCUUGGAGAGAUUGUCACCACUAUUCCUACCAUCGGGUUUAAUGUGGAGACUGUAGAAUACAAGAACAUCAGUUUCACUGUGUGGGAUGUUGGAGGUCAGGACAAGAUUCGUCCCUUGUGGAGGCACUACUUCCAAAACACCCAGGGUCUCAUUUUUGUGGUGGAUAGCAACGACCGAGACCGUGUUGUGGAGGCCCGAGAUGAGUUGCACAGGAUGUUGAAUGAGGAUGAGCUGCGAGAUGCAGUGUUGCUUGUAUUUGCUAACAAACAGGAUCUUCCUAAUGCAAUGAACGCUGCUGAGAUCACUGACAAGCUUGGGCUUCAUUCCCUUCGCCAGCGUCAUUGGUACAUUCAGAGCACCUGUGCAACCUCUGGUGAAGGUCUUUACGAGGGCUUGGAUUGGCUCUCCAAUAACAUUGCUAACAAGGCAUAAAGCGAAUGAGAGACAUUUUGUGGAUUGGCAAUGUCUGGAUGCAGGGUGAAUAUUAUCUAGUGUUUUUAUUUUUGAGAGAACCGGAUUGUGCUUACUUGGCUUUACCUUGGGGUAGAGUUUUUAUGGUUAUAUAUUGUAAUAGAAUGUUGGCUGGAUAUACUUUUUUGAGCAUUUGAAUGGCCAUGGUUUUAGUCGUAA